CGUCACCAGUUCAGAGUGCGAGGCUCGCGGCGUCACAAUAGGGCUGGCGCGUUCCAUUGGCUGCGAGGCUCCUGUCAAUCAGCGCACUCAGCCCGGGUCUGCCUUCUCCUCGGCCCGCUUGCCUUCCUUUCCCUUGACAGCCGACGGCGGAGCUUCUGCAGGGAGAGAUCGAGCCGCGGAAGAGGAGGAGGAGGAGGAGGAAGAUCGGCGGCCAUGGUCCAUUCCGGACGCUGCCUCCGCUAGUGGUGAGAGGAGGAAGCCCUCUUCCCUACUGUGGAAGCCAGCCACCCCUUUCCCGCCUGUUCCAUCAAACCACAGGUCUGAAGUUUCCCAGCUCGACAUAACCAGAAACCAUGGUGGAUUACUAUGAGGCCCUGGGUGUGCCCCGCAAUGCCUCACCAGAUGACAUCAAGAAGGCGUACAGGAAGAAAGCUCUGCAAUGGCAUCCAGACAAAAACCCUGACAACAAAGAAUAUGCUGAGCAGAGGUUCAAGGAGAUAGCUGAGGCCUAUGAAGUGCUCUCAGACAAGAGCAAGCGUGAAGUCUAUGACCGAUAUGGCAAAGAAGGCCUCAUAGGUGCAGGUGGGCCCAGUGGUUCCAGACCUCAUCCAGGACCUGAAUUCACCUUUACUUUCCGCAGCGCACAUGACGUGUUCCGGGAGUUCUUUGGAGGGCGAGAUCCUUUUGCUGACUUCUUUGAUGACCCCUUCUCAGACAUGCGUGGUCCCCGACAUCCUGCUGCAGGAACAUUCUUCUCACCCUUUCAUGCAGCACCAGAGUUCUUUUCCCCCACACUUGGUCCUGGGAUCAAUGCAGGAAUGGGCUUCCGCUCUGUCUCCACCUCUACCAGGUUCGUCAAUGGCAAGCGAAUCACUACUAAGAGGAUCGUCGAAAAUGGGCAGGAGAGGGUAGAGGUGGAAGAAAACGGGGAGCUGAAAUCAAUCCAGAUUAAUGGUGUUCCAGAUGACCUGGCGCUGGGCCUGGAGCUGAGCCGGCGGGAGCAGCAGGCCGUGCAGAGCCGCAAGACAUCGUCUUCUCCCCCAGUGACGCCUCUCCAGCAGCCACCUGCAAAGCGCCCAUCCCCCAGUUCCUCCCCUGUGAUCUUGUACACCGACAGCGAUGAGGAUGAUGAGGACUUGCAGCUGGCGAUGGCCUACAGCCUGUCUGAGAUGGAGGCCGCAGGCCAGCACAGAGCAGACCCUGAUGGACAGGCAUAUUCUGUCUGAUGCCCUUCCAUGCUGCCUCCCUGCAGGUGUGUUCUGAGUCUGGAAGAGCCAUGGGGGAUGGCCUCUCUAGCAUUCGUGCUCACAGAAGGCUACUCAAGCCUGGACUUCGUUUGCUCUUCCCCUACCUGAGCUCUGCCCCGGGGACCAGCAAGUGCCGAGUGUGUGACUUUCUUCCCCGUUAGUUCUCUCUGCUGCGUGUCAGGUAGCGCUCACUAGCUCACGAGGGCCCAGGCUGAACAUAGCCUGUUCCAUGUACAAGUAGCUACACUGCUGAUGCUGCUCCUGAAUGGAAAAAAAGAAAAACUCUUGGGAGGGGUAGGUUCUCCAGUCUGGGGAAGCCCAAGGCCUUUUCUGUCUGUAUUCCCCCUCACUCCACCCCCAACACACAUUUCACCCAUGUCCUUCUCCCUCAGAAGAGCUUCUGGCUAAGGAGUGACAUAGAUUUGGCUGUGAGGACAGACACUUACAGAGCAGUGGUGGGAGAGAGAUAGUAGGGGUACCAAGUGAACUUUAGCAGGCAUGGAAUCCAGUCAGGUUGCUAGUGUGGCUACUCUGUGCUGCCACACUAUGCUGCUUGUCCUCCUAUAGUUGCACAAGGAUGUGUGUUUGUGUAGGGAGAGAGGAAAGGGGUAUUGGAAGUUAAGUUUUCAGGUGCAACAUCAUCAGAUCAUUCAUCCCCCUGUGUUAUUGCUGAGGGCCUUAUGCUCUAGUGCCAAGGGCUAGAAACAAAGUCUACCCAUCCCAUCAGAGCAACGGGAGCUUUUCAGGACCAGUUCUUCCACAGGUAGAGCAAGUGAGAGCAAGGGAGCACAGAGCACCAGCUUCUUCUGAUGGCAAUGAAAGAGAAGGCUGUGGCUGUCUCUCUACCCCCCUUCUCCUGGCAAAUUGGGAAAUUCUACAAUUAGCACAUAGCUAUUCUAUAUGUCUGUAACUUGGGAGUGCAAGACUGGUCUCGUUUGUAACUCAAAAGUGCUGGCCUGGCAUAGAACAGAAGGCAUUUAUCAAUAAACUUCUUUGCAAUUAA